AUGGCUAGAUUUCGUCUGUUUAGGCUGUUGGGCUGCGAUGGCGAAGAUGCCGACCCACAAGAAAAACCGGCUGUUCCACCACCCGAAUACCGAAGUGUCGUCGGGAAUCUGAAUCCCGCGAUCCAGGGCCUUCCGAUUGUUCAGCCAAGGAAAAUAGGGUUUUACCUAUUUCCUGCCAAUAUACUGGAGGAUGACGACAAUGAGAAGAAGUGGGGGGGAAUUAUGGAUACUGCCAGCAAGGGCAUGGGCAAUGGGCAAGGUAAGUUCCUGACGAAUCGAACACCCCAAAACACCUUCCUCAUGCAUGACGGGACUGUCAAGUGGGCCAUGCAUCUGAAUCAGCACGAUGCUGUGCGCAGGCUGAUUGGUAGGGGUGCGGAGGUGAACAUGGUCCUCCACAAGAGAUAUACGGACUUGCAUCAUGCAGUUUCACAGGGGGAUCAGGAACUGAUUGUAAAUCUGCUCAAGUACGGCGCAGAUAUCAAUGUUACGGACAAUGAGGGGAACACGCCAUUACACUGUGCGCUGAACCACUGGUUGAAGAUCACAGAUACAUAUGAAGAUGGAGGUGAUGACUUUGCUUUACCCAUAAUAAAACUUCUUGCGGAGAAAGGUGCGGAUCUGGAAGCACAUAAUCGCUACGGAAAUACGGUGUUACAUGAAGCGUGCAUAUAUGGCGAUGGUUUGUCUCUCAUAUUCCUGUCAGGCCAUAACAAUCCGGGCACGGAAAUUACACACAGGCGCCUCACGAUGGCUAAGUACCUACUCAAACUUGGUAUUCCCGUAGACACGCGUGAUAAAUGGGGCUCCACGCCGCUGUUGCGUUGCUGCACCAUGCGGACUCCUGACCGCAAUGUCAUUGCGCUCCUGCUUGAGAAUGGCGCGGAUGUUCAUUCAGCUAAUCACCAGGGCGAUACAGUGCUGGACGCCGUUUGUUUCCAGCGGGAUACGGAGUUGUUGAAACAGGUCACGGAACGUGCUAUCAAAAAUGUCGCUGAUACCAAUACUGGUAACGACGGCGAAGAUACCGCUCAUGCAGCGACAGCAGACCUAUUUAACAAGCCAACCAUCCUCUCCACCCCGCUGCACUACGCGGCCCAACACAGUGGACCAGACCGCGUCUUUUUCCUCCUCUCCCACGGCGCAAAACCGCGUACACCCACUUACGCCACAGGCGCAACCCCACUGCACCUCAUCGCCUCCACAUCCAACGCCACCGCGACAGAUAGACCUUCCUCACCCAGCGCCACCAGCUCCACCAGCUCCACCACCGCCACAGCAACAACGACAAUGACAGCAAUUGCAAACCCCAUCACUCAAAAAAUUAACCUCCUAAUCUCUCACGGCGCAGAUAUUAACGCCCGUGACCUGCGCGGUGCCACCCCUCUCCACUACGCAGCGCGUAACGUCGAGUCCCGCCACCAAGAGCGCAUCGUGGCGGCGCUGUUGGCGGCAGGCGCGGAACCUGAUUGUAAGGACUUAAGCGGGAGGACACCUCUGAUGGAGUUGGAGGGGUAUUGGGUGCUUAAGGGGGCGGUUGUGAAGAGGCUUGUGGAGGCCGGAGCGGAAAGGGUGGAGGGGAUGCAGGGGUUGGGCGGGUUUGAGUAUAUGGAUCGGGAUGGGAUUGAAGGGUAG